AUGUCAGUUGUCAGAUACUUCCAGGCUCCUGGCCCCUUAGGAGAACUAUUCGAGGCUGGCGGAACGUCAAACGUUGCCAAAGUCCCUUUGCGCGGGAGUCUUGUUGUAACAGGUGGCCAGCCUGGCUUUGAUCUCGAACGAGGAGAGCUCGUUACCAAUUCUCUGGAAGAGGAAGCUGAUGCGUGCUUCAACUGCGUGGAGGCGGCAUUGAAAUCCGCCGGUGUUGCUGGAGGACUUUCACAAGCACACAGGUUCACUUGCUUUCUCACUGAUAUGCGCUACGAGUCUAUCGUCAUGCAAGCUUGGAGAUCUCGAAUGCCUGAUCAUAAGAUACCUUGGGUGACUGUUGGCGUUGCUAUGCUUGCAAUCCCAGCUAUGAGAAUUGAGAUUGCUGCUGAGGCUGUCAUCGAUGACUAG